AAAUAUUUUGAGUAUAGAGAGAUUCUUUACUGAUAGUCCAAACCAAAAUGUUGGGCUUUACCCUAGAUAAUUUUUUUAAAUUUAUUAUCCAAUUUCUUCCCUAUCUAAUCCAACAAAAAUAUAUAUUGACAAGAAAUUUGUUGAUGUGUGACCUAUAAAGGCACCCACUCUAGUUUUAAAUCAUAUAAAAAUCCUGACUGAGCUCCAGGCUUCAAAGUCAAACCAGCAGAUCAGCGAUUGAGGGAAACCAGACGACCUUGUCCCGAUGCGUUGGGUUUUGGCUGCGGUUAAGUUGCGUAAUGGAUGAGAGUAAGAAAAAAGCUGGAGAAGCGGCCGCUGCUGCCAAAGAAGCUGCUGCAUUGGCGGCCCAGGAGGCCAAGGCAAAAGCGGGGGCAACCGCAGGGGCGGCCAAGGAGAAGGCAUCGGCGGCGGCCACUGCGGCCAAAGAGAAGUCGACGGCUGCGGUAAUCGCUGCAAAGGACAAGGCUUCUGCAUCGGCAUUCGCUGCCAAGGAAAAAUAAAAAACAUGGCAGUUGCAGCAGCAGCAAUAGCAAAAUCAAAAGUUGCAACGCCGAGAAGGGAAUAAAUCUAGCUGCAACAUACCAACAGAAACACUCAGCUCCGCAGCAAUGUGAAAUCCGCAGAAGCUGCAAGAAUAAGGGGAAUUUGAGCAACUGCGGCAGCAUCAGCGAACUCAGCAGCAACAUCAGCAUCCCCCGCAGCAACAUCAGCAUCUCCCCGCAGCAACAUCAGCAUCUCCCGCAGCAACAUGAGCUACUCCCGCAGCAACUUAAAGGCCGGCAGCAACACAAAAAACAACAGCAGCAGAUGGUCCGAUGAAAAACUAUAGGCCAGCGGCAAUAUAGGGCCAGAUAACCGGUUGUGCCCCUGGCCAUUCAAAAAUGUAUAUCCAUAGCCGGUCGAGCGAGAAGAUUGUCAUUUGCGCCGACUGUGACCUCUAAUCUGGCAGAACCCCUUUCCCCGCACUCUUGCGAGCACAAAUUAGUCAAACAAAAUCAAAAGUCAAGCCUGUCUGCAGAUAAACAUCGUUAAUUAUUCAUAGUAAAUCAAAGCGCUCACCAAAUGCCAAAGUAGCAUCUACACUCUGUAAAUACAACUGGGCGACUUGGGGUCUUGAGUUGUUUUGGGCAGGCCAGUUGUCAUUGACAGCCGAAACAUAAAAAGUCCAAGACGAGUUUUUCGAUAAAAUGCUAAUUUCUCGGUUUGCCAAGAGAA